AUGGAUAUACCCAAGUUGCACCCGGACGAAGCCCCCAGGAAAGUAGAAGAGAGACACCACGGGCGCUCGACGCAGCGCAGGACGCUUUGUAACGGGGCCGAAUUCUGGGACAAGCAUAGGAGGGUCGCUGACGAGGAUGCCGAACCUCACGAUAUACCUGGCGAAAAUGAAUCGGCCACUGGCGAUAGCACGCGGCAAUGGCCAGGUCGCGGAGAAUGGCGGUCUAGUCGCCGACCCGGUGAAGAGACGACCGGGCUUGAUUACAAGCUCUGGUUGUCGAUUCAGGUUCUCGAGAAGGCACGAAUGACACUGGCCGACCACAGAGAGGUCACCAAGAAAGCGAACCAAGAGCGGUCGCAUCUGCUGCUGCAGCACGCCUCCAGACUAGCCAGCAUCAGGAAGAAACCUACUCAGUACUCCCGGGACAACUUACACUAUGGAACAAAGUCUCCUACGUCGCUUACUGCGAGCGACAUCACUUGCCUGCUUCCGUGUGCCGAGGAAGAAUUUGCGGAUGGACGACAGCCUCGGUACCGCGCAGCUCUGGAGGAUACGCCCCCAGCGCAUGACGACGAAAGAGACACAAUCGCAUAAGCCGAUAUGAGAUUUUUCAGACGUG